AUGGUGAGGAAGAAAAUGAGCCAGUUAAAGGUCUUCGUCAUUCCAGAGCACCAGGCUAGUGGCCUUGAACCAGUUCUGGUUGCUGCUAUUCCCACUAUGAAGUUCAACCAAGAGGCUUUUAGUUCUAUAGAAGAGAGUGCUCAAUAUGUUUGGUCCACUUGUCCAGUUUGCCGUCUGCCAUUACAAGAAUCUCUGGGCACAAAACAUGGCAUGCCAGUUAUGUUUAGCAGGACUCAAUCCUUUGAUGAUUCUGAGGUCCCAAGUGAACACUCUCAGCAGUGGCUAAUGCCCGGCCACGAACGUUCCAAGGCCAACAACACUAGCAACCAAAGCCAUGUAGAAGAAUCUCUCCCCGUAGACCACUCUCAACCAACCACAUCUGGAGAAUCAGAAACAACACAAACAAGACAAUGA